AUGAUAAUCGAUGGAGAUUACCUUCGCCAUGAGAGAUCGCUACGUCGCAAGCUCGAUUUGACCCUCAUGCCUAUGGUUUGGGUGCUUUAUCUUUUCAAUUAUCUUGACCGUAACAACAUAGCUCAAGCCAAGCUGGACAGUUUUGAACGCGAUCUGGGAUUGAAGGGAAACGAGUUCAAUAUCGCCGUUUCAAUAUUAAACGUUGGAUAUAUGCUUAUGCAACUUCCGAGUAAUAUGAUUCUUACUCGCGUUCGCCCAUCCCUCUUUAUACCAACUUGGGUAUGCCUUUGGUCUUGUGUGUCAGCUUCUGUAGCUGGCGUUCAUAACUUUAAGGGUCUGGUCGCCGUGCGAUUUGUACUUGGAAUUACUGAAGCACCCUUCUUCCCCGGUGCUUAUUAUAUUCUAUCUUGCUGGUAUACGAAGAAGGAACUUGCACUUCGCAUUGCUAUCUUGUAUUCUGGACUGGUAUUAGCUACUGCCUUCUCAGGCCUGUUGGCAGCCGGGAUAUUUGCGGGUUUGUCUAGCGUUCACGGUCUAGCUGGGUGGCGUUGGCUUUUCAUCAUCGAAGGCGCUGCAAGUUUUGCUUUCGGUUUGAUCGCCUUUUUCAUUCUACCAGACUUCCCGCAAUCCAAGACGGGCUCAACAAAGUGGCUCUUAACCAACGAUGAGCGCAAGGUCGCGAUUGAUCGAAUUGCGAGAGAUCAGGUUUCCAACCAAGACUCUAAUAGGUCAGUAUGGUAUGGCCUCAAGCUUGCAGUUAUUGACUGGCGUGUCUGGGUAUUUGCCUUCAUCCUCUGCGCAAACCACACAGCGUAUGGUUUCAAUAACUUUUACCCAACAAUUGUCAAGGGAUUUGGUCUCGGCACCCGAACUAUCACGUUACUUUGCACUGCGCCUCCAUAUUUAAUCGGUGCAAGGGGAGACCGAAGCCUCCAUAUCAGCAUCCCAAUGGGCGUUGCAGCGGUAGGGUUCAUCAUCAACGUCUCUGUCUUGAACAAUGGCGCUCGAUAUUUUGCCUCAUUUCUGUACAUCUCUGGAUGUUUCGCAGCCAAUUCGAUCGUGUACAGCUGGGCAUCUUCAUCGGUCAGUCAAACUCCAGAGAAACGGGCAAUUGCAGGCGCGAUUAUAAAUCUCAUGAGCCAAUUGGGCAAUAUCUGGAGCCCAUAUUUCUUUUCCCCUGGGGACGAACCGAGAUAUGUAAUGGCCAUGCUCUUGAUGAUUGGAUUCUCAGUGGCAAGUAUUGUAGGUUGCAUGGUUAUGCGGUUCACUCUCGCAAGGGAUAACCGAAAGUUACUCGCUAGCUUUGAGGGUACUGGGGUCCGUCCUAAUCUAUAUACCUUGUGA